GAACAUAUCAUCGACACGUUCGAAAGGUGGCCGAAUUUCCUUUCCUCUUUCACUCAUCAACUCUCAAAGUCAAAGAAACAACAAAGCAAUGAUGGACUGGUACAACAACGACGAAGACAACCACCGCUUGGACGAUGACAUUAUUGUAGUGCAAGAGACACGAUAUCAUCAUCAUCCCAAUGACUCGCUCCUGAUCGAUCAGCAGAGCCAAAACCUGUUUCUUCUGAGCCCCACCCAGCGACGAUCACCACGACGACAGCGACCUUUGGGGCCAGGCGCUACAGCAGCCAUUUUGGCCGCCAGUCAAGAAGAAGCGCGACAGCAUUACUUUGGUGGUGAUGGUGAUGAUGGUAGUGCAUCGGACGGGGAUGAAGCAAGUCACAAUCAAGAGGAAGCAUCCCCUCAGAAUGCCUUUGCCAGUCUGGAAUCCUUAUUGCAACAGCAACCAACGUUGUCCAUGACACAGGAGGAAGAGGGCAACCACGGAGGAGAUGAAGCGAAAAAGGCCAGUUGUUUGCCUGUGAACAAGGAGUGUGGACCAUUGGACACCUCUGUCACCGCAAAAGAAGACGACGAAAAAGAGAAUGCCCAAACUCCAUUGUCGGCAUCAAUUUCUCAGCAAACCAAGGACAAACCGAAAAGGAAAGAGGGUGAAAGGGAUGGCGACAAGCAUGACGAUCCAAUGGCUUUUCGGGACGAAACAAGGGUUCCAGAGAAGUCGUCAUCACCGGCACAUGAAUCUUGGCCAACCACAAAUGAUGAUGAUGGCAAUGACAGAGGAAGAUCUGAUUUUGUGGAUUCAUCAGGAAUAAUGCCACCCAGAUCCCGUUCACACAGCAGCAAUAAUAAACACAGCAACAAAAAGCGAUCUGCCGAGUAUCACAAUAACAGUGACUUUAGACGACAGCAACAACGGCGCACGUCGUCCAGUCGCAGCAACAAGACCAGCACCAAACAGUACAAAAAGACAAUCCACCAUUCUCCCUCCAUGAUGAUGAUGGAAGUGGAACCCAGCAAAGCGUUGCGUCGCCAACUGCAAAAGAGCAAAAAGACGAGUCGGUCCAGGUCUGCUGACAGGCAAGAUCUGACAAACAGUCGACCUUGGAAGCGUCGACAACAUCGAUCCUCCUCGCCGGCAGUCGUCACACAAAAGAGGUCCAAAUCGCCAACGGUGGAGAAAUCCAAUCGAUCUUUGGUUGGUUCCAGACCCGCAGGUUGGGAAAGAGGUCCACUGGGUGGAAUAUCGUUUCGCAGCAGCACAAGUCGUGGUCGCAGCAAAAGUGGGGAUCGACAACGAAAGCGUCCGGAUGAUUCUUACAACAACAACUCGUCCACCAGAUUGCGACAACAGCAACAGAACGGGCGUCGACGCAAUACCACAAAGCAGGACACGGCUUUUCCGAUCAAUGCUUUGGUGAGUGCAUCUUUCAAAACAACAACGACAACAACCCCCACAACACGAAAGCGAGGACCUAGCAUUUUUGACGAUAGAACGCAAAUGAUGACGACGACGAAUGAUGAUUCUGAUCCAGAACCCAUGGAUGUUGACCAGAUUGAAGACAACCUCUCCGACGGGGAGAAGGAAGAGACGCCGACAAACAAGUCAGCAGCAGUGCAACACACCUCCUUCUUGGCUACCGUCCGAGCACCGAGUCGACGCAAGUCCACCGGCGACAAGAGUGGAGAUGCCGUCACAAUCACCAACAACAAUCCUGGACUGCUAAAGCUCUUGCAGAAACUCAGGAACGAUAUACAGAGGGACAAGACGUGUUUGCGUAGUGGCGAAUACCCGUUUCCGAACAAGAUUUCCAGUCGAUUUGACGACUGUGAUCCCCGCUGCCGUGCUUCCUCUUACAUGGAUGUCACAAUCGUGGGUGAAACCUGGUUCCCAUCGCAUGACAAUGGCAGUUCGGGUCGUCAGGCACGGUCCAACUCCAGCAUGGUCGUCUUGGGCUACAUCCACAGUCAUCACCUGUAUCCAGAACGGUCUGCAAUGACAUCAAUAACGCAACCGACGAGCAGCUGUUUUGCGUGGAUCAACUUUUCCGGAGAGACGCUCCAAGAGCAUGGCCUCCUUAGCAAUCCAGCGGGGAAUCAGCUCAGAAUCUACAAUGCUGUUGUCGUCCCGCUUGUGGUAGACAAAAGCGUAGACAGCCAAGAGGAGAUGGCCACGACGAACGUAUGCCGUUUCAACGUCAUCUGCUCUCAGCUCUGCGAGCCAUACCCGACACAGAUCCUUGGGCAGCUAGAGCCGACCAUCUCUGAACUCUUGGCACCAACUCGCAGUGAGGGCGGCCUGCGAGGAGCAAGUCUCGCGCCAUGAGUCUUGUCGACCAAAAAGCAAUAGAUUCACGGCGAACUUGGACAAAUGUCUGCUGACUAGCUACAGGAGGAAAGUGUCAACAGCAGAAAUGCACCAAUUUGUCUUUCCUAAGGCUCCUAUUCAGUGGAGUAAGUAGGAAUAUGAGCACAAUAUUUCAAUAUUUACUAAAACCCAAUGCGCCCAAGAUUUAGUAGAUCUAGGUGUCCUUGUGGGCAAUUAUCCAGUACCGUAGUAAAAGAAGGGAGCA